AUGUAUUAUGAAAUGAUUGAGAACUGCACAUCAACAACUGCCAAGCUCGCUGUUAUAUGGGUGGGUGCACUCCUCCUAGCACUGCCUGAGGUUGUUCUACGCCAGCUGACCAAGGAUGAGUCUGCAAUCAGUGCCAACACUCUCAGUGAGCGCUGUGUUGUUAAAAUUUCUACUGAUCUUCCCGAUACCAUUUAUGUUUUAGCUCUUACAUAUGAUGGAGCAAGACUUUGGUGGUACUUUGGCUGUUAUUUCUGCUUGCCUACUCUCUUCACAAUUACAUGCUCAUUGGUAACAGCAAGGAAAAUCAAGAGAGCUGAGAAAGCUUGUACAAGAGGAAAUAAGCGUCAAAUCCAACUUGAAGGUCAAAUGAACUGUACUGUAGUAGCGUUAACAAUUUUGUAUGGUUUUUGUAUAAUCCCUGAAAAUAUAUGUAACAUUGUAACCGCUUAUAUGUCCACUGGGGUCUCCAGGCAGACUUUGGAUCUCCUUCAUCUGAUUAGUCAAUUCCUUUUGUUCUUUAAAUCAUGUGUUACCCCAGUCCUUCUGUUUUGCCUUUGCAAGCCUUUCAGUAGGGCUUUCAUGGAAUGCUGUUGUUGCUGUUGUGAUGAAUGCAUUCAGAAGUCCUCAACUGCAACAAGCGAUGAUAAUGACAAUGAAUAUACUACAGAGCUGGAACUUUCCCCUUUCAGCACUAUACGUCGUGAAAUGUCCACGUUUGCUUCUGUUGGGACUCACUGUUGA